AUGACCACCGCCCUAAGAACGGCGAGAAAGGUCAUAUCUCUUGAAACAAUCAAUGGCAUGUUUUCUACCAUCAGCAACGUGCUCCGCGUUGACUACGGCCUAUAUAUCCACGAAGAUAAUCGACUGUUUCGCAUGCAAAUUUCAAGUCUGAUGGACGUGGAAUAUGAGGAAAUAUCGACACUCAACUAUUUGCCUCCAAAAUUGGUCCAUUAA